AUGAAAAUUUUAUCGAUUUUCCUUGUUGUCUUAGUCAUUUUUGCAGUGGCGGUCAAUGCUAAAAGCAAGUCUGAAGAAACAACGAUGCCUUCACCCAAUAUUAUAUUAUGA